GAUCAGUGGCUUUGAUUGGGGGUCAUGUGACGUUACAUAACCAGGCUCCAGCUCAGUUCAAGGAAAGUAGGCUGCACUGUUCAGGCAUUUGACGACGGGAAAGCAACGAAUAAACCACGCUGAAGGUGCAGGGAUCAGAAGAAUGAAUUUCCUCCUGGAAACCCUUCAAGUGAUCGUAAUGUCGAUCUAUUACAACAUGGAGGCGUUUGUCCGACUGUUCAUCCCACCCAAGAACAAAAAUGUCACCGGUGAAAUCGUCCUCAUCACUGGGGCGGGCAGCGGCAUUGGCCGGCUCCUGGCUGAGAAGUUUGCCCCCCUGGGCGUUUCUCUGGUCUUGUGGGACAUCAACCAGGAGGGCAUGGAGGAGACUUCAAGGCUAGUGCAGGAGAAAGGGGCGACUAAGGUCCACUACUACUUGUGUGACUGCAGCGACAAGUCCGAAGUCUACAGAGUGGCUGACAAGGUCAAGAGAGAGGUGGGGGAUGUAAGCAUUCUCAUAAACAACGCAGGCAUCGUCACGGGCAGGAAGUUCAUGGAUGCACCAGACUCCCUCAUUGAGAAAACCUUCGAAGUUAACACCAUGGCACACUUUUGGACAUAUAAAGCCUUUCUCCCAGCGAUGACUGCCAACAACCACGGUCAUCUGGUCAGCAUUGCCAGUUCAGCUGGUCUGAUUGGUGUCAAUGGGCUAGCAGAUUACUGUGCCAGUAAGUUUGCUGCUAUUGGCUUUGCUGAGUCUGUGGCUCUAGAGCUGCUGGCUACUGGGAAGGAUGGAGUCAAGACUACCAUAGUGUGUCCAUUCUUCAUCAAUACUGGCAUGUUCGAUGGCUGCACUACCAAGUGGCCUCUCUUGUUGCCCGUCCUGGAUCCAGACUACGUAGCAAACAAGAUUAUUGAAGCCAUUUUAACUGACCAGGUCUACCUUCUGCUCCCAAGGACCAUGUAUCUUAUCAUAGGCCUGAAGAAGCAAUCAAAAGGUAAUCAAUGUCACGUUGGCAGAGUGGGGACAUCACAACACCUUGUCUUUGGCUGUAUUUCAACAGUAAGCUGAAUGUUGAUCUUUUUUUUAAACUAAUUGGUCUUUUUGCCCAAUCCGAUCAGCUCUGAAGAAUAUCUUAUGUGAAAAGUUCUGAGGUGUUGGCCAAAUGACCAAUUAGUGGGGAAAACAGAUCAGAAUUAGGCUGCCUUUGUCUCCCCAUACGGCUGGCAGGUACCGGUAAAUGCUUACCAAGCUAUCCAAAGGCCGGCAGAUGGCGCUAUUGAUCUGGAAUUGAUGGUUCCCUCUUACGGUCCAAACGCAUUGUAUGCAGCUGGCAAUACACCCGGUCCAUACCUAAAACAUUUUCUAUUCUGGCUGCAAAGGUGUCGAUUUCCUACAUUUUAAUUGCGGGAAGGAGGAAAUAAACCGAGACGAUAUGAGUACGUUCUUUGAAACACCAUUUUCCACCACCAGGCUAGUGGCUAAUGCUACUUCCUGUUGCACCCUGAGUUCAGUCAGGAGUAAACCACACUGCCGCAACCUGAUUGGCUGAACACGAUACGUAACACCCGAGACUAGCAUUCCUAGGCAUUAGCCUGCAUUAGCCACUUUAGCUUGGUGGUGGAAAAGGGUGUUUUCAUAAAGAAAGUAUGCAUAUAUUCUGGCCUUCCUGCCAUUAAAUUUAGUUAAGGAGGAAAUCGAUGCCUUUGCAGCCUGACUGGAUAAUGUUUUAGCUACGAACCAGUCCAGGAGAACACAAGUCUGUUACCGGCUUCAUACAAUGCGUUUGGACGGUAAGAUGGAAAUGACUCUAUCGCCAUCAGCCAGCCUUUGGGCUGUUGCUGAACACUUACUUAUGCAUUUAUGUUAAGUACGGAUGCCAAUGAGCAGUUGCUGUAAUAGAAGCACCUGGUUGAGUGGACUGCAAGAUUACAUUUAGCUGGAUACAACAUAUUUAUUCAGACCUACACCUGAUUAGGACGGCAGUUGACAAAUGAUCUGCAACCUCAACAUUUUAAAUCCACACAAGGCUUUUUGUGUUAUGGAAAUGUCCUUGAGAAAGAGGGCUUUUAGAAGUUUGAACAGGCUGAGUAUGUCUGGUGGGGAAGUUUUGAUUUGGAAUGAUUUCCAUGGCUACUUUAGUUCCUUGAGGCCUUUGAGAAUGAGUCUGAAUGAAAGAGUGAGUCGUUGGCUUCAUGUCGAAUACAACACAAUACAGCCAUGACGAAUAUGGUAGACGUAAUCACUCCCCACCAAUUAGACAAAAUGAUUAAAGCAUGAAAUGGCUUCUCUUAACAUCAUAAGUAGUGCAAUUAUGAGGUUAUUAUGCCCUUUGAAAUACGUUUUGUUACUGGACUGGAAGACAUUCAAACAGUGUCAAUUAUACCCUGAAUAAUUUAUUGGAUUUUCAUCAGUGUUUUUUUUCUUUAAUUAAGGGGUUUAAUUUAGUCCCACUGUGAUUACCAGUUAGGCUAGUGAUCUAUUCUGUUAGUUAGGCUAGCUAACAGAAUAAAUGACUUAAUGUAGUUGGUUCCAAUGAAGUAAUUUGGACUCACUUUCUCUUCUAGACAAUGUUUGUUCUCCUAAUAAGCUAUAAAUUGCGCAUUGCAGUGAUCAUUGAUAAUAUGUAGCCUAAU